CCGCCCUCUCCUCCCAGAGCUGGGGACAGAACCUAGGAGCAGGCCUGGAUUCACCACCCUGCAUUCGAUGCAUUUGCACAGGGCCAGUGUCUCAACGCCACAUCAAGGCUGGGGGCAUGGGGCGGCCGGUACUCGCCUCCCACUGUACCUGCCGCAGGCCACUACUCGCUCAAAGCCCCAUCCUCGCUCGGCAGGGCUGUGCCCGGAGCAGCCCGCAGCUUUGCCCCAGCUGCGUGGUCGCAGCACCACCCACAUCGGACCCGGCCGCCCCUCUGCCCAGGCAGCAUGCAGCGAAUGGUGCCUGGCAGCGCAUCUCAGAUCUGCCCUGGCCCCCCUCCCGUCUGGACCUGCUGCAAGGGGACCUUGUCCCUGAGUGCGGGGGAGUCCACCAAGAACUUGCCUCCAGGCGACCCCCGCAUGAGCUCUGGGUGUGGGAGGGAGAGGGACUGAGGGAGACCCUGGGUCCAGGGAGGGACAAGCAGGGACUGGAAGAGGGUGCCUGCCAGGUGGGGGGCAGGGACUGGAAUUUGUCCCUCCGUCCCCUCCCAAGAAUUGCUGCAAAUGGGGCUGCGUCCUCACCUGAAAUGGUGCUGGGGAGCGGGGUGGACCCAUCGUCACACAAGGAGGCUGGCCAGCCGGGCAGGGUAAGCCCCAGCCCCUCUCGCUCUCGCUUUUUCGGCCGCUUGGAACGUUCGCUCCCGGCGCGUUCGGCGGAGAGAACCUUGAGCUCCCCAGCGUUCUAUUCUUCCAAGGGCGCCGGAUCAGGCUAG